AUGUUGGAGGCUGCGAAGCAAAGUGGAGCAAAUGCUUUCGUCUACACAAGUACGUGCUGCGUCGUGGCGGAUGAUAUGGGAAUGCCCUACUCCAAUAUCGAUGAGCACUGGCCCACGUCCCCUCGAUUCCUCAUUUAUGGGGAGUCCAAGGCUGCCGCUGAGGCUUUGGUCCUCCAGCAUACAAGCGAUAUGAUGCCGACCUGUGCCCUUCGGCCUUCCGUUCUUUGUGGGCCUGGCGACCAUCAAUUAAUCCCCGCAAUUCAUGCAUGCAUUGCCAGAAAGGAAACGCCGUUUGUCAUAGGGACCGGCUCCAACCUAUGGGAUAUAACGUACGUCACCAAUGUUGCAGAUGCCCAUGUCCUAGCUGCAGAAAACUUGAAGUCCUCCAGAACAGCCGCCGGGGAAGCAUUCUUCAUCCAGAACAACGAGCCCAUCACUUUCAGGGACUUCUGUCUGGCGGUAUGGGCCCAUUAUGGCCAUAUUCCGCCCUUUGAGCUCCACAUCCCGGAACGAUUGGCGUACCUGGUUGGGUUGGUCUCUGAGGCUUUGGCCUGGGUCACCGGCAGAACGACGACCAUAAGCCGCGGUAGUGUGCGAGAUGCGUGCGCUGUUCGAUAUGCCAAUGGGGAGAGCGCAAGACGGGUUUUGGGGUAUGAAGCGCGUGUGGGGAUCGAAGACGGGAUCCGAAUGAGCUGCGAGGACCUGGCCCACCGUCUGGGAAUCGAGCUACCACCCCCUUCCAAGCAGAAGCCGGAAUGA